AUGUCUGGUCUCCUCGGAAAGAAGUUCCCCGCGCCCAUUGCGAAGCCAAUGUGGCCAUUCUACACCGCCGGAAUCAUCAUUGCAUACGGCAUCAGCUCCUUUGCCGGUGUUCUGGCCAACACCGACGAGUACAAGAACGACCCCAGAAACCCCAACAUCAACAAGGCGCCCAAGAAGGACCACUAG